UACCAUAUACAGGUACUCCUUUUCAAAAAGUGACUGGGCCAUCGGUCAUGUGAAUAAAGCAGAUCAUGUAGCUAUUUUUUCAACAUCCAUCUUUUUCCCUGGUCAUUAUUUGAGCUCUAGGAACAAACAAAACCCAAAAUAAUUCUCUCGCCAAAAUGGCACUAAGCAACAAUGUUAUCGGUGCAAUCAACUUCGUUGCCAUGCUUCUCUCAAUUCCAAUAAUCGGAGCUGGGAUAUGGCUAGCGAUGGAACCAGACAACUCUUGUGUCAAGAUUCUACAAUGGCCUGUCAUUAUUUUGGGGAUAUUGAUUUUGGUUGUAGCUUUGGCAGGGUUUGUUGGAGGUUUUUGGAGAAUCCCAUGGCUCCUUAUUUUCUAUCUCAUAGCAAUGCUCAUCCUUAUAAUAUUGCUUGCAUGUUUAGUGGUUUUCAUCUAUAUGGUCACCGUCAGGGGGUCAGGUCACCUUGAACCAAGUAGAGCCUACUUGGAGUAUCACCUCGAUGAUUUUUCAGGAUGGCUUCGCCGAAGGGUUCAAAGUUCUUACAAGUGGGAUCGAAUAAGAAGCUGCCUUAGUGCAACCGAUAUGUGUUCUGAGUUGAACCAGAGUUAUCGCAUGGCUCAAGAUUUCUUUAAUGCUGGUAUUACCCCCUUGCAGUCAGGAUGCUGCAAGCCUCCUACGCAAUGUGGGUACACCUUUGUGAACCCAACGUAUUGGAUUAGUCCCAUCAACAAUGCUGCAGAUAUGGACUGCCUGAAUUGGAACAAUGACCAAAACCAGCUUUGCUACAAUUGCGAUUCCUGCAAGGCUGGAUUGUUGGCUAAUCUGAAAAAAGAAUGGAGAAGAGCAGAUAUUAUAUUGCUAAUUACACUUGUUGCUUUGAUAUGGGUUUAUUUGAUAGGUUGUUGUGCUUUCAGGAAUGCAAAAACAGAAGACCUUUUUCGCAGAUACAAGCAAGGUUAUACUUAGGAAUUAUUGCACGUUUUAAGCUAGCAAGUUCGUUGUGGUGCUACUGGGAAUGGCUUUUACGGUGCUUCUAAAUCUAAUAAUUUCAUUGAUGGUAUGAGUCUGUAUAACAAGUUAUGAUCCUUUUCAUGUGUUUUUACAAGCGUGUUGUGCUAGAAUUUUAUGUUCUGAUUUGAGCAUGGAAAAUUUCAGUAAAGAUAGUGCGGUAGGCACCGAAA